GCAGCCUUGGUCACGUCUUCGUCGUCGGCGGCUAUAAAACUAGGUUAGACGUCGUGCGGCCCCUUCUCUCUCGCUCGCUCGCCGCUCGAUCAUCACACAGUUUCACUCGUGGCGCGCGCUUGGUUGGAGCAGCGAAGAGUGGUUGCUGUUGUGCUUCGCUGAGCAGCGGACGGAGGCGGCCGGUAUUUCUUCUUAGUGCGUAGUAUCGCCAUCAGCGCUCAAUAAUACAUACUGCACGCCCGCUUUGUUUUGUAGCUCUUGUCAGCGAACCUUCCCCCGCCUGAAAACCCCACCCACCCCUUCCUCGCCGAUCCUCCUAGCUAGCGCUUCACUUGCUCCAUUCCACCACCCAUCUCCCUCCUCCUCCUCCUCGCCUUUCCUCUCUCUCUCGCUCGCUCGUGCUCUCCUCCUCGCGGAUCACCGGAGGCUACCUAGCUCGACCGGCGCGGCCGAUCUAGCUCGCCGCCGCUUUCAGCUCGAUCAGCUGCGCACGUCGACCACCUGUGCUGCGAGGCGGCAGACUAGUAGAGAGAGAGACAGAUACAGAUGGCUGGCGCGGGGGGUGCGACGGCUGUGCAGCAGCCGGCGGCGGGGGCGCCCGCCGCCGCUGGUGGGGCCGCCAGGAGCGGGGUCGGGGCAGGCGCCGCGGGGGCGCCGGUCGCCGACCCGCGCGCCGAGGCGCUGCGGUGCCCGCGCUGCGACUCGGCCAACACCAAGUUCUGCUACUACAACAACUACUCGCUGUCGCAGCCGCGGCACUUCUGCAAGGCGUGCAAGCGCUACUGGACGCGCGGGGGCACGCUCCGCAACGUCCCCGUCGGCGGGGGCUGCCGCAAGAACAAGCGCUCCAGGAGCAGCGGCGGAGCCGGCGGGAGGAACGGGUCCUCCUCAUCCGCCUCCGCUGCCGCGGCAGCCGUCACGUCGUCCUCGGCGGCGUCGACGCUGUCCCUCCCGCCGCCGACGGGGUCCCUGCCGUCGCUGACCUCGGCGCUGGGCCUGCCCGGGGGCGCAUCGCUCGCGUCGCUCCUCCUCGGGACCGCCGGCUCUGGCGGUGACCACCUCGGUCUCUUCCAGGCCGCCAUGCAGUCGGUGGUCUCCUCGGAGGCGACCGCCUACGAGAUGCAGCAGCAGCAGUCGCAGGUGGACCACCUGCUAGGCCUCGGCUACGGAGGCGCCACCGGCGCCGGCGCGCAGAUCCACCUCAAGCCGUGGAUGCAGGAGGCCGCUGGCGCGGGCGGGAUCAUGGACAGCUUCUACGCGCCGCUGCUGUCCAGCUCCCUCGUGCCGGGGCUGGAGGAGCUGCACGUCAAGGCGGAGGUCGCCGGCGCCGGGGAUCACCAGCAGAAGCCGGCGCCCGGGGACCAGCAGAGCGCCAGCUGGGAGCUGCCGACGCCGUCCUCGUCCAACGUCGACGCCAACGUCAUCGCGUCCGACGCGCUCAUGGCCGCCGCGGCCGCGUCCAUGAACCCUGCGGUUAGCAGCUCCACCUCCACGGCGCCAACAACCGUCCCGUCCUCGUUCAUGUACUGGGGCAACGGCGGCAUUGGCGGCGCUGCCGCGGCGUGGCCAGACCUCGCCAACUGCGGAUCCUCCAUUGCCACGCUCUUCUAGCCGCCUGGGCUGUCCUGCUGGCCUCGUUAACUUUGUUUUUUUUUACCUUAAUUUUCUGGUUAAUUUUUUCUUGACUAAAAUAACAUGUAAUUUGUGGGGAAAGCUGAGAUGAGAGAAAGAGCACUGUGGAAGAAUGAAGAGAGCUAGAUCAUCUCACCACCUCAUAGGGCAGAGAAUUAGACAAAUCAAACAAUGAUCCAAUAUUUCAAGAGGAUUUCUUCGCCGAGUCUCAACUUCAUCUCGGAUCUAUGGUCUUCGCCGUCGAGCGAUGAUCAAGACCAUCCACACCUAGCGUGCAUGGAUUUAGGAGGAGGAGGAGGAGGAGGAGGAGAUCAUGAGACCAUGGGGAGCUAGAGAGAGCAAUUAAAGAAGCCAAGAAGAAGUGUAAGUGCAGUGCUGCCAUGACACUAUACUUGAUUUGCUACUUCUUGGCUAGCUUCUCCUUUGGUGUUUUGUACAUAGGGCAUAUGGUGUGUGGGGAUACAAUAGCUAAGGUGGCCCAUGAGAGAUCAUGGUGCAAGUCAUGAGCCUCUCUCUCUCUCUCAUCUCGGCAUUUUAAAUCAGUGUGUUUAAUUGGUUACUCUCUCUCUCUCUCUCUACCAUGGAUUUGGGAAGAACUCUCUAGAUGUACAAGUUAAUACUAGUACUUUCUACACCUUUUGCAGCUGAAUUAGAGAACUGUUUUUGAGUUCUCAUGCAUUAGAGUUGUCAAGGGUUCAUGCAUCAAGUUUUCUUCUUUCUUCCUUUUUUCCUACUUCUAGAGUGGAAUUAAUUUCUCCUUCUUUCUCGGGGGGUUUUGUUCAAACUUGGCUUGUACGAAUUAUGAUGGCUUUGUGAGUUAUGAGAAAUUUAAACAUCUGGCACUUCUCAUGAUGGUA